AUGGCCACCCUUCGACCCGGAAAGUCCUACGCUGAGGCCGCUGCUCCCGGCUCUACAAUAGGCGAGAAGCCUUCAGAGAUCAGCAUUGAUACUUCACCUGCUGUUCCCAUGCACGUAAUCUACAAGCUCAUUGGCUUCACCAUCGCCAUGAUCACUACGCCCGUGGGGAUGUAUUUCGUUUCUGUGACACUUGGAGCGAGCACGACUGUUGCUGGAAUCAUUGCGGCCGUUAUGGCGAAUGUCAUUUUGUUUCUGUAUAUCUAUGUUGCGUGGCAGGAGGACAAGGAGGAGAGGGAGGCAGACGCUGCUAAGAGGAAGGGCGGGAAGGCUCAGUAA